AUGCCGCCAAACAGCGAAGUGGUCGAAUUUGGGCCUAAGGUUUCCGACACCACGGGCGUACUCUACGAAAUGGAUGCGGAGCCAGAAGGUACCGCCAAGGAUUUGAGCACUCUGAAGACGACGGACGGACGGAAGCUGGAGCUCGUGUGGAUGAAUAUAGUGCUGUUUAUCUAUGUGCACACGGCCUCUCUGUACGGGAUCUGGCUUCUGCUCACCGCCAUAAAGUGGCAGACGUUCGUGUUCAGCGUGAUUUUGUUCCUUUUCUCCGCCGUGGGCAUCUCGGGGGGUGCACAUCGGCUGUGGGCGCAUCGCACCUAUAAGGCCAACCUGCCGCUGCGUCUGAUUUUGCUCUUCUUCAAUACGUUGGCCUUCCAGGACGCCGUGUAUAACUGGUCGCGCGACCAUCGCCUGCACCACAAAUACUCGGAGACGGAUGCCGAUCCGUACAACUCGAGGCGGGGCUGGUUCUUCUCCCACAUCGGCUGGCUGUGCUGCAAAAAGCACCCCAACGUGACGGCGAAGGGUAAGUUGAUCGAUCUGUCCGAUCUGCGGCGAGACCCCCUGGUGAUGUUUCAGAAGAAGCACUACCUGAUCCUGAUGCCCAUCUGCUGCUUCCUCCUCCCCACGCUGGUGCCGGUGUACUUCUGGGGCGAGUCCCUCAGCGUGGCUUGGCAUGUGCCGGCGCUUCUGCGCUGGUGCCUGGUACUCAACGGCGUCUGGCUGCUCAAUAGCUCUGCCCACUUGUACGGCAAACGCCCCUACGACCAGUCCAUCAGCCCCACCAACCAGAGCUUUCUUAUCUGGUUGCGAAUGGGCGAGGGCUACCACAACUAUCACCACGUCUUCCCCUGGGACUACAAGAGCGCCGAGAUGGGACACUUUUCACAAGACCUCACCACCAACUUCAUCAAGACGUUUGCCCGUCUGGGCUGGGCGUACGAUUUAAAGAGCGUCUCCUUGGACAUGGUGCAGAAGCGCGUGCUACGAACUGGCGAUGGCACCCAUCCUAUCUGGGGCUGGGGCGACAAGGAUCAUCCGCAGCAGGAUAUUGAUAGCACGACCAUUACUCACAAGAAGAAAAUUAAGUAA